GGCGUCGGAGGUGGCGGAUUCGACGCCCCUCUCAUUAUCCGGGCCGGUCCGUUCUCCGGGGCCGGCGAAUGGCGGCGUCUUCGGGGCCCACGUCACGGCCCCGGCGCCGCUAUGGCGGCGCCGGCGGCGCCCCCGACGCGAGAAUAGCUAAUCACCACCGGCACCCCCCACCUUCCCGUCACUCUCGCACCGCGCUUCGGCCCCCCCGACUGCGCGCGUGAAGGCCCCCGGCGGCGCUCGGCUGUGUGCGUGCGUGCGUGCGCAGGGGGGCCCGUCAUUUUCGCGCGGCGUAGGCACGCCUCCGGCCACCACAGCAGCAGCAGCAGCGUCCGCGCGUCGCGUCGGCAUCGCUCUCUCACGCGCCUGUGCGAGUGUGUGCGUCUGUGUCGCGGCCGUGUCGCGCCUCCCGGCGCCCCCACAGAGCCGUGGCGGCUGAGCACGGUGACAGAGCGGCGGGCUGCCCCUCGCUGCCUCCUGCGCCGCCGCCGCUGCCGCCGCUGGAAAUGCGCUCGUCGCCGGCCGAAGCCGCCGCUGCCGCAGCCGCCGCGAUGGCGUUCCAACCGUUCCUGCGACCGACGCCGCCGGACUUCUCGGUGCACUCGUUGCUCAGCGGCGCCGCCAGUGCCCAGGCCGCGCCGUACUUCGCAGCGGCGGCCGCCGGAUUUCCCGCCGCUGCGGCCGCGCUGUUCCCCAAGUUGCACCCGGGGCCGGGACCCCCGCCGCUGUCGGCCGAGGAGUUGCUCGCCGCGGCCGCGGCCCACCGCGGCGGACCUUUGUUGCGACCGCCCCCGGGGCUGGAGCCCGAAGACGAUGGUGUGCAAGACGACCCUAAGGUGACGCUCGAGGCCAAGGACCUGUGGGAGAGGUUUCACACGUUCGGCACCGAGAUGGUCAUCACCAAGUCUGGCCGGCGGAUGUUCCCCGCCUACAAGGUGCGCGUCUCCGGCCUGGACAAGAAGUCCAAGUACAUCCUCCUCAUGGACAUUGUGGCCGCCGACGACUGUCGGUACAAGUUCCACAACAGCCGGUGGAUGAUCGCCGGCAAGGCCGACCCCGAAAUGCCCAAGCGGAUGUACAUUCACCCGGACUCCCCGUCGACCGGAGAGCAGUGGAUGCAGAAGGUGGUCUCCUUCCACAAGCUCAAACUCACCAACAACAUCUCCGACAAGCACGGAUUUCAGACCAUCCUGAACUCGAUGCACAAGUACCAGCCGCGGUUCCACCUGGUGCGGGCCAACGACAUCCUCAAGCUGCCCUACAGCACCUUCAGGACGUACGUGUUCAAGGAGACAGAGUUCAUCGCCGUCACUGCUUACCAGAACGAGAAGAUAACCCAGCUGAAGAUCGACAACAACCCGUUCGCCAAGGGAUUCCGGGACACUGGCGCCGGCAAGCGGGAAAAGAAGAGACAGGCGAUGCUGCUGCAGCAGGCGCCGUCUUCCCUGCACGGGGGUUCCCAGGGGUCGUCGAUGGGCGGCCGCAUGUCGGCCACCAACCACCACCACCACGCGGCGCUGGUGUCCGGCCAGGAGGACUCGAGCGACGAUGACGACAAGCUGGACGUCGGCGAGGCGUCGGACCUCAGGCCAGACGGCGUGCUCGGCUCCAGCCCAGGUCGUGACUCCGAAGACCGGCGCGACGACCGCCUCGACGGCCGCUCGCCCCUGAGCAGCACCGGCUCCGUCGACCUGCACGACCGAGGCGGCAAGCUGUCCGCGAGCGCCGCGGCCUCGGGGCUGCCGCAGCCGUCGCCCCUGCUGCCGUACUUCUACCCGCCGUCGCUGUACCCGCCGGGGCUGACGCUGCCGCAGCUGUUCUUCCCGGGCGCGGCCGCGGCCGCCGCAGCGGCAGCAAACCCCGCCGCGCUCUCCUUUCUCAUGGCGGCCAACCACCCGCUGCUGAACCCGGCCGGCUACUCCGAGGUAGCCGCCAGGCUGAAGCAGCACCGCUUCUCGCCCUACACCGUGCCGGGCAGUCCGUUCGGGGCGCCGCAGUCUCCGUUCCGGUUCCGGCCGGGCGGAGGCUUCCUCGACGAAGACGGCUCCCCGCCACCCGCCCCGCGGUCGCCGCUCGAGACGGCCUUUCCGAGGCUACACCAGCGGCACCCGACGCCCCCUUCUUCGUCGACCUCUCCGCCCCCUCUCAUACCGGACUGCGGGACGUCGUCCGCCGCUCCGUCGUGCUCGAGCAAGCCCGGCACGCCCGCGAACUCGGACGACGGCUGCAACUCGUCCUCGGAGGGUUCGCCCUGCCGGAGCACCUCCGGCGGGUUCCCCUCCGGCGUCUCGCUGGCUGCCGCGUCGGCGUCGUCGACGAGGAAGCCCGCUUCGUCUCCACUCUCCUCACGGUCGACCUCGAGCGACCUGAGGAGCAUCGAGAACAUUGUGAACGGACUCGAGCAGCGUCGCAGGGACUCGAUGGCCGCCGCGGCCGCGGCUGCCAUAGCUGCCGCGCAGCAGGACAGCAAGGCCGGCUGCUAGUUGACAAGAUCGUGUGCAAUGCGCGUUGUGCUUAGACGCUCGGGCUGUGCGCGCCUGUACUGCACCGCUACACUCCGUGUCGCGGUGGCUUCGCGGAGCACUCGUGGAAAGCUUCCGGUUUAGGUCUCGCCGUUACAUGUGCCGGUGAAUCCCCUACCGCGUGCGUGAACGUCGCUUGAUCUGUUUGUUGGUGCUGCGACAGAAGCCAACAACGGUCUUGGACGUCGUUUUGUAACAGUGCGAGGUAGAGAUGUAGAGGUGCGAGGUGUAACAGAUAGAGGUUACUUUUAUGCCGUAAGGCGUAAAAAGAGAAGAAGGAAGACGGGGAAAUUCACGAUGCAUGUCACGGCCUGUUUACGUCAAACGUUUACGUUUACGUCAUUUUGUCAAACAAAAUGUAAGCGGAGCCACCGCAAGCUCCACCAGACUUCUUCUUUUACCCGACCCUUGCUCCUCGUACCCAGCGAGGUGAUACGAACGAAAGGCAUUAUCAUUAUCCAUAUAGCGCCUCGAUGAAACUCGGUUUUAGCCAGUGAUGCUUACUGCCGCGCACACACGAGCAUGCAUAGGGUGCUUCGCGAAGCAAGUGGGGGCGGAGUGUGCGAGUGUACAUUGUUUGCGUCUGCAGGAUGUUCUAUAGAAUGUUCUUGUGUUUGUACGUCUCUGUGCGUGUGUUUGUGCGCGACGACGCACGUCCUCAAGCAUCGACGGACCGCAAAGCUUUGCUGGUCAAACUUUCUGCCCGUGUGCCGACGAUGUGCGUGAAACUGCUGCUGUGGACUCGGGACGAGUUUAUGUGCCGUAUACGUGAACGUCAUUCGUACGUGUGCCCUGUGUGUUACAAUUAUUUUUGUUUUUUUGAGGCUGUUUCAACUGCUGGGAGCGCUUGUCAUCUCUCAGCUCCGCUACGAAAGGAACGUGCGUAUACGUAACUGUAUAAUACGAUGAUGAUGGACUCGAGCGUGGUGCGUGACUUGCCUUAAGAAGGUUUUGUUUACGAAACCGCGCGUAUAUAUACUGAACGGAAAACGGAUUUGUAGCGUAACUAGAAGCUGCACUUCCUUUACUCGCUCGUCGUGUCGGAGUUGGCAAGUUUGCUGGCCUUGUGUUACCGGGAUAGCUAAGAGCAUUUCAGCGUGUAAAGCUGAGGUUGGUUGACGUAAGCGUGUUGCAAAAGCUAAAAGGGCCGCGCCGACUUGCGUCGACAGCAAUUCAAAUGAUAGAAAGAAUGGUCGGUAGUCGUUGCAUACCGCUCGCGGCAAGUAUUCGGCGUUGUCCUCGCGACCAAACUCACACCAAAUGUCUUUUUCCGGUGAAAAUUGUGAAUGAAAGCGACAUGUUUACGUUUAAAAUUCUGAAAGCAUUCUUGUAGACUCGGAACAAUGCAGUCAUUGAAGCAGUUCAAUGCUAUAUUACACCGUAAUUUAUUUUUUAAAGAAGAAAAGGUCUGUGGCAGUAACUGGAAAUAAUUUGUAGCCAUUGCGACCCGUCUGUUUCGGCUGGCACUCGCAUCGCCUAAAUUCAAGAGAACGUACUGAUUAGCUAUAGAAUCAUUGUGUCUUGGUGUGCACUGACGUCCUUUUGCUUUCUCUCUUAUCUAAAGCAAAUGUCGUCAAGUUUUUUCGCGAAGCAUACGCUGCGUGACUACACAUGUGCGUCACAAGUAGGCGCGUUACCUCGAAGGCUGCGCACGUAUUUCUGAAAAAAACAACAACAAAAAAAGAAGCCGGUUGGCGAUGGUUAAGGCUUGUUGCCGCAGGUCGCGACGCUGUUUCCAGCCUCAAACCUAGAUAUCUUUCUUUUUUCUUUUUUCUUUGCUCGCCUCCCGACAACGCUGCAAUCGAGUGAAACGAAGACGAAGUGCUAUGUGCGUUUUCUGUAACGCUUACAACGCCAGUGUCAACAGUGUCGCUGCGACUUUUCUCCCAAAGUCGAGGCCCUGAGAGAACUUAAGAAGGAACCGUGGGCACACCGCCACUAGUUGAUAUGUACAUAGACAUAACUAUAUAUAAAGUAUAAAUAUAUAAAUAUGUAUACAGAUGACACGGAACUGCUGCAAUAUCUGCGCAUGUGCUACUGCUGCAUGUGACGCUAGAAACUCGCCAGGCCAUGUUGUGUGCAUUUUACAACACCCUUCCAGAGCGCUUUUUUUUUUAUUUGUAGGGAUCCGAAGAUUACAGGAAUGAGAGCUAGUUUCUAAACUUGCUGCGCAAACUUAUCCUCGUCUUCAACUUAACAGAAUUAGCUAAGCGCCCAGAACAGUGCUUCGCGUUUGCGAGAGUGUUGUACUUAUUCCCCGAAGUUUCGCCAAUCUGAAACAGCAUGUGAUCGUCUGCGGUCGUUAUUUAAAUGCAAGCAGUAGUAUGCAGAACAAUUCUGCGCUUACGCGUCAGCGAACCUUGCCUGGUCUUGAAUGCAUACCCGACUCGGGACACCCUACACCGUGCAUAUAUAAAAAACAAAAAGAAGACGUCGCUUCCUUCUUCACCUGAAGCAAGCCACAAAUAAUUCUUUUUUUUUUUUUUGAAAGAAGUCCUGACUAAAUUUCACUGCGCGCGGCAUCGCCAAAUCCACAAUAAAGCUGUGCAACAGAAACGAAGCAAGCUCGAUGCAAAAGUGUGCUCACCUUGUCG